AUGCCAUCAUCCGUCUCUUCCAAAUCAACAAGGUCGUCCAGAUCUGCAUCCUCAAGCAGAGCCGCUGACUGUGGAUGUAGUGAGGAAGCCAUGGCAGCAUGGAUCAUCAUUCCUUUGAUUACAGGUGUUGCUCUUAUUUUAGCCCUGACUCUCAGCCAUCAAGAACCUUUCAGCAAGAGCGCCACAGACCAACGUGAAGCCAAUUACUACGAUGGUUAUGCCAAUAAAGAAGACGUAGCUGUCGUUGAUACCACCACUCACCGUCUCAAUAUCACCCUGAACAGCGCUAUCGACGACGAUGGUAUUGCCAGCAACGCGACUUGGAAUGGCAUUGCCGUUGAUGCUGCUGCUCCUGAUGAUCUUGCUGAAAGAAGCGUUGUUAUUACAAAGAUUGUUGCACUACACAGUCUCGACUAG